UGCCACGCAGAGAUGGUCAGCAGUCAGCCUCUCCCCAUAGCAGACAGCGGAAAAAGGAAAAAGAAGAAAAGAACCAGAGCCACAGAUCACGUCCCUGGGAAGUUUGAAGACUUGUACAAGCUGACUGCUGAGCUUCUUGGUGAGGGCGCAUAUGCCAAAGUUCAGGGCGCUGUCAGCCUCCAAACUGGGAAAGAAUAUGCGGUAAAACUCUAACUCUUUCCACCGAUAAUUGAAAAAGAUGCUGGGCAUAGUCGGAGUCGGGUUUUUCGUGAAAUAGAAACGCUGUACCAGUGUCAGGGCAACAAGAACAUUUUGGAGUUAAUAGAAUUUUUUGAAGAUGAUACAAGAUACUACCUUGUCUUUGAGAAGCUGCGAGGAGGUUCGAUCCUGGCCCAUAUACAAAAACAGAAGCACUUCAAUGAGCGAGAAGCUAGUAAAGUGGUGAGAGAUAUUGCUUCUGCUCUAGAUUUUCUUCAUACAAAAGGUAUUGCUCACAGGGACUUGAAGCCUGAAAACAUCCUGUGUGAAUCUCCAGAAAAGAUAUCACCAGUAAAAAUAUGUGACUUUGAUCUUGGUAGUGGGGUGAAGCUGAACAGUGCGUGCACUCCAAUAACGACUCCUGAAUUAACAACGCCGUGUGGAUCUGCAGAAUACAUGGCACCUGAAGUGGUCGAAGUCUUCACUGAGGAGGCCACAUUCUAUGAUAAGCGAUGUGAUCUGUGGAGCCUGGGAGUGAUUCUUUACAUCAUGCUCAGUGGUUACCCUCCUUUUGUGGGCAACUGCGGUACAGACUGUGGCUGGGACAGAGGAGAAGUCUGCAGAGUUUGCCAGAACAAGCUUUUUGAGAGCAUUCAGGAAGGCAAGUAUGAAUUUCCUGACAAGGACUGGUCGCAUAUAUCCUCUGAGGCCAAAGAUCUCAUCUCAAAGUUGCUGGUUCGUGAUGCCAAAGAACGACUUAGCGCUGCUCAAGUUUUGCAGCAUUCAUGGGUUCAAGGACAGGCUCCUGAACGGGGAUUACCUACCCCUCAAGUUCUUCAAAGGAACAGCAGCACGAAAGACCUGACACUUUUUGCUGCUGAAGCUAUAGCCCUUAACCGUCAGUUGUCUCAGCACGAGAACGAGCUCAGCGCAGAGCAGGAGAACGUUGCCCGUGCCGUGUGCUCCAUGAAGCUUUCCCCUCCGUCCAAGUCUCGCCUUGCCAAGCGCAGAGCAAUGACACACGCCACCAAAAACAGCGACUUUCAGCCAGUUCCCCAUAAAGCCUUUUAA